AUGAACGAGGACCCCGAAACGAUGGAACGCAUCGCGGUGAACAAAGUCACCAACGCGUUGAGAAACUACCGAACGAGUUGCGAACGAGAAAUCCAAAGACGGAAACGGAACCUGUUGAAAGCGACGGUACGAAGAAGAAGACAAAGAGACGAGGAGGAAUCAACAGGUAAAGGAGAAGGAAAGAGAACGACAAAGUUGUUCGAUGGAAGAGAAGGAGAAGAGAAGGUGCUCGAGGAGGAGGACGUGAUUCAGAGUAAGAGUGAUGAUGACCAACACGAGAUGGUGAAGCGCCUCCUCCAAGAGGUGUACGAGAAAGGCGAACGGAAAAGUCGAGAGGCGGUGGAAAAGAAUCAGCACUUUUUUGACUGCUUAUUGGAGACGUUUUCAUCGAACGAUGCAGAGGGAGAAGAUGCAUCUCAUUUACCGGCGCAUUUACGAGUGACGCGAGAUUUCGAGACGGUUCCGGAGCGCGAGCGGCCGCCGCUUGUGCCCGGUUUCGAGGACGCCGAGAAGGCGAGGUACGUGUUGAAAAAUUUAGCGAGAGAUUGGUCCGAGGAAGGGAGAGAAGAGAGGGAGAAAAGCCACGACGUGUUGGUGAGACAUUUGCGGGACGUGGUUUUUAAAGAGCAGUUAUCGGAGAUUGAUUUGAUGUGCGAACGAAUGAACCCGGAGGAUAUCGCGCGACCUCGCGUUCUCGUUCCCGGCGCCGGAUUGGGAAGGCUGGUGUAUGAAUUCGCCAAAGCAGGAUUUGAAACCGAAGGGAACGAGUUUUCCUAUUACAUGCUGUUCGGUUCUUCUUUUCUCUUAAAUUGUUGCUCAGAAAAGCGACCGUUUGAAAUCGUUCCGUAUUGGCACUCGCCUUUAAACCACCUCUCUCAGAAGGACCAGUAUCGAUCGAUCGUCGUCCCGGACGAAAGCCCGUGCGACCACAUGGACGCGUUCAAACCUGGAAGCUCCAUGGCCAUGUGCGCCGGAGAUUUCUGCGAAGUCUACGGAAGCCCGGAGUACGAAUCCCACUUCGACGCCGUGGCGUGUUGCUUCUUCCUGGAUACCGCCAAAAAUAUCUUCGACUACUUGGAAACCAUCCGGUUUUGCUUGAAAAAAGGAGGCACGCUCACCUCCAUCGGGCCUUUACUUUGGCACUGGGUAGAACACAGCGAUAAUAACUUCGGUCGUCGUCUCGGCACUUCCGAAAAUUACGACGUAAACGACGUAAACGACGACGAACAAGAAGAAGACCUCUCCGUCGAAGUCUCCUUGGAAGACCUCGUCGCUUUCUGCCGCGCGCUCGGCUUCCGACUCGACCAAAAAUCACACCCGCUUUCUUGCCCGUACGCCACCGAUCGAUUGAGCAUGCACCGAACCGUCUACGAUUGCGCGUUUUUAAGCUUCACCUUGGUCGAUACAUAA